UCUGGCAGAUCCUGUGUCCCCCUGAAACAUGCAAAGGAUUCAGGAUAUGUUGGGGUAUGAAAGGCUGACCCAGCUCCUGCCCACCACAAAAUUGGAUGGCCGAGUCAUUACAGCUAUACUCUGUGGCUUCGGAGCUGGCAUCCUGCUGCGCAAGUGGCUCUUUAGGAGACAACUUCAGAAGAAGAUUGCCAAGGCCCAGGAGCAGAGAGAACGUUUGCUGGAGCAGAUGAAGGCAGCAGUGCACCGCUUCAAGCAAAAGCAUCCAGACAUCCGGGCUGAGUCCAUCCUCUCUCUGUCGCUGCUGGAACUGAGUGAGAAGCUCCAGGAAGGUACCUUCAGCCCAGAAAAUGUCCUCUACACCUACAUGGAGCAGGCACUGAAGGUAAACGAGGAGCUGAACUGCCUCACGGACUUUAUUCCAGACUGUGAAGAGCAGCUUAGAGAACUACAGAAGCGCAAAGAAAAGGGGCUUCUAUACGGAAUUCCAGUCAGCUUGAAGGAGCACUAUGAUUACAAGAAUCAUGUCUCUAGCUGUGGCCUGGUGAGCUUUCUUGGAAUUCCUGCAAAAGAUGACUCUGUGAUUGUGAAAGUGUUGAAGAGCCAAGGGGCCAUCCCUUUUGUCAAGACCAAUGUUCCACAGACCAUGUUGAGCUAUGACAGCAGCAACGUGAUCUUUGGAAAGACUCUGCAUCCCCAAAACCCCAAGAAAAGUCCUGGGGGUUCCUCCAGUGGGGAAGGAGCACUGAUUGCUGGAGGGGGUUCCAUCUUGGGCUUGGGCAGUGAUGUGGGUGGAAGUAUCCGCAUACCUUCUAGUUUCUGCGGUAUUUGUGGUUUAAAGCCUACAGCAUCUCGACUGAGCUUCCUUGGUAUCCCUGUCCCCUUGCCAGGCAUGGACACUGUGACCGCCAGCCUGGGGCCCAUGGCCAGGGAUGUGGACAGCCUAGCCUUGUGCAUGAGGGCACUGCUGUGUGAGGAGCUAUUCCAUCUAGAUCCCUCCUUGCCACCUCUCUCCUUCAAUGAUGAGGUGUACGCCAGCUCCAAGCCCCUGCGCAUCGGCUAUUAUGAAUCAGAUGGUUUUAGCCAGCCAACUCCCAGCAUGAAGAGAGCUAUCCAGCAGACCAAGCAACUACUAGAGAAGGCGGGGCAUGAGCUCAUUCCCUUCUCUGUUCCACGAACUGAGCACAUGGUUUAUGAACUCUUUCUCGGAGGCAUAUUUGCAGAUGGAAUAGAAACCCUACAUGAUCUAUUGAAAAAUGAAAUGAUUGAUCCUUGCAUACACUAUCUCUUCAGACUGAGCUAUUUUCCAGCAUUCGUUAAGCGGCUUCUCUCCUUCCUGUUAAAGCCCAUGUUCCCACGACUGGCCAAAUUCUUAGAUAAAACCUGCGGCAUUGGGUCAGUGAAGAAACUCUGGAAGCAGCAUGACGCUGUGAAGACUUAUCAGUGUGAAUUCAUUGACAAAUGGAAAUCUCUGGAGUUGGAUGUUAUUCUCUGCCCUGCUGUAUGUCCAGCCUUCAACCUGGCUUCUAGUGGGAUUCUCCUUGGUGUUACCUCCUAUACUUUCCUUUAUAAUGUUCUGAACUUCCCUGCGGGAACUGUCACUGUUGACACAGUGACAGAGGAAGAUGAGGAGGAGCUGAAACAAUACCAAGGAUACUACCAUGACUUCUGGGACACACAACUCCGGAAGAGUGUUGAAGGAGGAGUGGGGCUUCCCAUUGCAGUGCAGUGUGUGGCUUUACCAUGGCAGGACGAGCUGUGUCUGCGCUUGAUGAAGGAGGUGGAGACAGUGACCCGAGAAUGGAGAAGACGCAGGUGAAUCCUCGGCCACUGAAGGACUGAGUCCUCCCCAAGCUUCACAAUACUGAGCUUGAAAUGCAGAUCACGCUGCUUUGCCGCUCAACCCUCACAGGCAGUCUAAUCUAUUUCUCUCCCCAGGUACUCAAGUUAAACAUUUUAAUUAAUUGAUUAACAUCUGCCAGUGAGCCAGGUAAUAGGUGUUUUUUCCUGACAAUUCAAAUUCCACUUUCUAGGGAGGUAAACUAGGGCAACUGUCUUUAAUUUUCAGCCUUAGUUUCUGUGACAGUAAAGUGGGGGAUAAUGAUAAUGUUUAGGGGUGACAUUCAUUAAAUACUUACUAUAAACUGUAA